CUGUGGCAGCAGCGGCCAGUCUCCUGGAGAUAACCUGAGACCAGGGAGGGACGGUCCUAGGAUGCUGGACUCCUCAGUGGCAGAUGCAAUGACCCGACUCACCCUGAAGCUCUUGGAGAAGAAACUGGAGCAAGAGCGUGAGACUGUGGAAGGGGAUUCUGAGGACCCCCUGCUCCUAGCGGGAAAUGAGGACAGGCCAGACGCGGCCCUGCUAGACGCUCUGAGGAGGAGGCGAGCGCUUCUGCGGAGACUCUGGGAACAGCAUCUCCUAGAGGAGGCCUCCCAGGCCCAGGCCCGGAGUGGGAUGAACAGAGGAGGAGACCGUGGGUCCGCACUGCCUCCAGAGGUGCCCCCCGUGGGCAUCUACUCCCUGCCCCCGCCAGCCCUGAAGCCCCCACAGAUUAUCCAAUGCUCAGGCCCUCAGCCUCCUGCUACCAUCAUUCAACAGCUGCCCCAGCAGCCCCUCAUCACACAGAUCCCCCCUCUCCAGGCCUUCCCCACUCAAAGAUCAGGAAGUAUUAAGGAAGACAUGGUGGAGAUGAUGCUGAUGCAGAACGCCCAGAUGCACCAGGUCCUCAUGCAGAACCUGAUGCUCCAAGCCCUGCCCUCAGCGUUUCUGCCCUCGCGGGGACCACUGGCAGCGCCCCCGCAUCCCACCCCCCAGAGGCAGAAGCUGCCCUCCGUGCACCACCACCACCACUACGCGCCCCCAGCCCCCCUGCAGGCCAUCCCAGCACCGGGCUCCCUGGCUGGGUACUCCACGUGGCCCACGGUGGUCUCGGCCACCACCCUCCCACCUGCCUCCAGCUUCCUGCCAGCCCUCCACCACUUGGCCGGGCCCGCCUCAGCAGCCCUUAGCCCGGAAGAAGCUUGGCAGAAGCUGGUUAUCUUGGCCUAAUAAAUUGGAAGAACCGUUUUGUCUGCGUCCAACGGAAAACCCGGUAUUUCCCUGUGAACCUCUGUUACUUGCACACAGAACAGACGCUUGUAGUCACGGAUUCUGCAGCAGCUGGGGGUUCUGCGGUCCCACUCAGUUCUGACACCAUUCACCUGCAGAGGACUCAGUCCCAUGAGACUGCCGCGUGCCAGCUGCCAAACUCAGGUUGUCCCCU